AGCUGCUCCGUCGAGUCUUGCGCUUAGUCUGUCUUCCAGCGGCAUUGCUCUUCGUUCCUCCUCUAGCGUUCUCCCGAAGAGAACCUGCCUCAGGAGAUUGGUGUGCGAGCGGCACGCCGGGCGCGCGGAUCUCUAAUGAUAUCUUGUCGCGUUCUCCUACCGCUGCUCUUGCUGGCUGCACCUAUCUUCGCAUAGCCCGCCCCCUGCGCCCCUGCGCCCCUGCGCCCCUGCGCUGUCCACGCCGCUGUGCUCAUGCUCCAUUCCUGGUCCUUGGUCGCAUGUCGCUCUGUAGACUGCUGAAUUGGGCCUCCGCUGAAGCUGUGUUCUGCGCUGAUCUCGAAAGCGGUCGUUGUCAGGAGCGGCGUAAUUACAUCUCGGUCUGAUGGCGGGGCCUAAGAUGUCAGCUGGUCAAUCGGUGCUGGCCAGGGCUUGAGGUUUCCAGAGCCCUCUCGCUUGAAUAUGUCCACAUUCAUCAGCUCCGCGCUGCGGGCAAUUACCGGCGUGGCUCGCAUUCGACUACAGGUCACGGCAUGAGCGCCGUAUAUCAGAGAUUCUGCCUCGACGUCUCUUCCCGCUGGUGCGAGCGAGCUCUCCUGGCCCUAUAUCGUCCUCCUACUGUUGAACAGCGUCGUACGUUUCGUGCGUAGAGCUGCUCUCAGCAGUGUCCUAAACCAUGAGAAUAUCUCCUCGAGAUCGAAUGGAAAGCCAUCAUUGGCGUGUACAUUGAUCCAUCAGUAUCAUCAGAAGAGUAUGGUGGUGGUAUUGCUGCUGCUGAGAUCAAGUCUGGAUUCUUCUAGAGCCAGAAGGCCACGAGUCUGAGCUUUGCCAGCUCGAAACCCUGGAUGGUGCACGGACCUUCAGUUCGCGCCGUCCCUGACGACUCGAGUUUAUUGUCCGGCCAACACGCGUGUCCUAUUCAACGUGUGCCACAUUGGAAGUUGCUGGUCUUCCCUCUAGAGCUGCCGUUGCUGCUCGUACUGUGGUAUAUGAUCGUGUCAUCUGCCCACCUUUCGAGCUUCGAGACUGGUGGCUCCGCUAUGGACCGCAAGCUUGCUGUGGAUUGAGAGAUAGUGUUUGAACAACAGAAGAUCGCUGUUGCAUGCUCUGCAUGGUCUGCUAUAAGCAUGAGCCAUAUGCGACUCAGCUCAGCACGACUUCUAUCAUUGCUCGGGCUUCAAUGCCCUGGUCUGCUGUCGGUCCUGCCUCGCCCGGCUGUCGUCCAUGCCUAGAAGAUCUAGCCUUGGCUUCUCGGGGCUUAUGAUGCGUAGCAUAUGGCAGGCACGCGCCUCACCGGUGAGUACGUCAAUGGUAUGCUAUCGUUGCGGGAUGAUGCGUCGUGACCGAUGGCGUAAUGGCUGCCUAACGCUGCACAAUGUUGUAAAUUAUUUCAGGUGAGCUCUUCUCAUUCUUCUUCUUCUUCUGCUUCGAUGUUCUUCAGGCCAACGAUAACCACCACGAGACGAUGUCCAAGAACGCGACAAGCUCCCCGAUCCCCAUCCCACAACGCGUCUCCGCC